GUGUGUGUGUGUGUGUGUGUGUGUGUGUGUGUGUGUGUGUGUGUGUGUGUGUGCGUGUGUCCCAGCCUCCGUGGGAAAGCUCGAGCAGAGGAGGAGGAGCAGGAGGAGGAGGAGGGGGACACCACACCGGUCGCCAGCACAGUCUGCAGCCGACACACGGGCCACCUGCCCCGGACUAUUUACCGAACACGCACCGCUGGAAAAUGAACUCCUGGGAGCUGCGGACACAUUUUUUCUUUUCUUGACUUUUUUUUUCAAACUUUAAGCAGUUUGACUGGAAGAUCUGCGUCGUGUUCACCAGUUCUUACAUUUUUUUUUCUUUUGUCGGGAGGGAUCAUUUAAUUUAUAAUUGCGCAGGAAGGAAAUUGACCUGGAAUAGACCAACUUUAUUUAAAAAAAAAAUUACUCUAUAUCUCCUUUAACAAUCCUGUAAGUGCUCGUCAGUGACUUUACGUCGGUUCACCUCAAGACCUCUGAAACAUUCCUGUUAGUUCACCUGCGUCCAGUAACGCUCAGUAUUUCACUCCUGCAGUGGCAUUUAUCCGUUCAUUUUCUAGUAUUAGAAGUAAGUAUAUUUAAGUAUAUAACAAGGAUCUGGAAGUGCGAAGGGGUGAAGAAAAUUUGUUCAGGACUCCUUAACAAUCCGCGCACCAUGAAGCGGCCUUACGGGGACAGCAGCUCGGCAGAAAGUGACGUGGAGGAGCCGAUCGAUGUGGGCAGAGAGAGCGUCUAUCCAGAGCACAUGAAGACGUCCUAUAUAAACUGCGGAUCACCGACCACGACCACUCAAGUGAUGGCUCGGAAGAAACGCAGGGGGAUUAUCGAGAAGAGACGCAGAGACAGGAUCAACAACAGUCUGUCGGAGUUACGGAGGCUCGUCCCCACUGCGUUCGAGAAGCAGGGCUCAGCUAAGCUGGAGAAAGCAGAGAUCCUGCAGAUGACUGUGGACCAUCUGAAGGUGCUGCAGGCGACAGGGGGGAAAGGUUACUUGGACGCCCACGCUCUGGCCCUGGACUUCCUGUCUCUGGGUUUCAGGGAGUGUGUGACAGAGGUUUCCCGCUACCUGAGUGCCGUGGAGGGCCUGGACUCCGGUGACCCCCUGCGCUCCCGCCUCCUCUCCCACCUCACCUCCUGCGUCUCCCAGCGCGAAGCCGCCGCCCUCUCCAUGACCUCCCACCUGCCCCAUCACCACCACCAGCAGCCUCACCCUUUGCCUCACCCCUUCCACCCACACCACUGGGCCGCGGCAGCCGCCGCUGUCGCCACCGCGGCCGCGUUUCGCCCUAUGCCAGCCGCGUCGUACGGACUGAGCGCGCUCCCUGUUUCUCCCGAUGCCGGAGGAGGCGGAGCCCCCCAGAGGCUGGUGGAGUUAUCACAGCGUAGCAUAGCCGCCUCCUUUUCCUCCUACGCUGACUCCACCACCUCCUCCUCCCCUUCCUCCUCCUCCUCCUCCUCCUCUUCCUCGUCUCUCGUGCUGCCCUGCGCCCCCGCUCCUCUCUCCGCCUCCCUCCUCUCCCUCUCAGCGUCGUUUCCCAUCAGCCUCCAUGGAGGUUUCCCCAUCGUCCCUCCUUCCUCUUUCACCUCCACCGCUGCCACCAGCAGUCCUCCCAUCUCCUCCUCCUCCUCCUCCUCCUCUUCCUCCUCCUCCCAGACUCCUCACAGCAGCAGCAGCAGCAGUAAACCCUACAGGCCGUGGGGAACCGAGGUCGGAGCUUUCUGACAGCUUGACCGACUGACCUCACUGCAGACUAACUCCUGGCCAACUGUAACAGCCGUAACAGCCUGGAAACACGUUAACAACCUGUGAACAAACUACCUGUUUCACUGACCCACACGACUGACGUAUUAACCCGUUAACCUUUGGGGUGUUGUUUGACCGCAAUCCACCCGAUUUCACGAUUGUCACGAGAACUUCUGAAGCUUCUGCCCAAAGAACUGAAACUGACUGAGCUGUUUUUAACACGUUUGACUGAGUUCAACUGAUGUUUUGUUUGAUACAAAAAACCUUAACAAACUACGUUGAAAAAAAAACCUGUAAACCCAGUAGACCGGACCUCUAAGAAUCUCCCAAAGAGACCAGCUGUGACCUGUUUCUCCACAUUUGUUGCUCGUUCUUUGUGACGUUCUUUUGUGACGUUCUUUAUUUUAUCUCGUCACCGACAAAAACCAAUGACAAGAAGCCAAGCCACUGACGAGUAUUUCUCCAAACGUCCACGCUUGAGUACAGAUCCUCAACUAAACGUAAUACAGGCAUAAAGUUCAACCGUACAACCUCUGUAGCUGUGCCUGCUCGCGCACUGUAUUACGCCUCAGAUCGGCUGUCUGGGUCGGACUUUUAGCGCCAAACACCAAACUUACACUUAAACAGAUAUAUAUUCUUUAAGGUGGCUAAAAAACAUCUUGCUGUCUGUAGAUCCAACACGCCCAUGCUACCACACUGUUUAGUGUGCCAGAAACACAUUUUAUGUAUACUUCUGCUCGUGUUUAUGCAGUAUGCGAGCCAGCAAUGCUGCGACGGACAGUGUUGGGUGUUGGGUUACUUUUUAAAGUAAGUAAUUACAUUUUGGUUUAUUUCCAAAAGAACAUUCCUACACACAAACUAUACGAAUGCAUUUAGGCCUUUAAAACACACAGACUCACCCAGCCAAUGUUCUGAUCUCUCUAGUUUACUUCAUCCCAAAGUAGUGAUUAUAAAAGCGGAGGAGAUGUUUUUCAGAAUACGCGUCUGACAGUGGGUUUCUUUUGGGGAGUAAGGACAAGACUUCCCAGGCUGAAAAGCCUCUCCAUACGUGCACUGGAUGGCAGUAAUUGUUUUCCAGUGACAGGUUACUUUUAUGAAAAAGCUAACGACAUAACGGAUUUCUUGAAUUGCAGAACUAACGUGUUACGUUACCGCCAACACUGGACAUGAAUAUAGGGGCAAGAGGGUCAAAGCUCACGGUGCACUGUCACGAGGAAGUAGUGUGCCCCAAUUGUAUACGUACUGCAGGCAACAGUAUGCACUUUGUAAGGCCAGCUGCUGUACGUACUGAAGGUAAAAAGAAAAAGCAUGCAAUUCAGAUCGCGCCCAUGCUCAGUGGGUCGCCGGCGAGGCCGACUAGAGCCAAUCGAGUGGCAAACGUGGUUUUAAAAAAAAGGGCAGCAGUUGUUCACGUACGGGGCCUUAACAUGCCGUUGGUUUGGAUUCUUUUCAUGGAUAUCGUGACGAUAACAACAAGUAGAAUUAGACCAGAUGUAUCCAACUUAAACACUACGUGACUAUGUGAACCAAAGUUUGCCUCUGAGAGAAUCGACUCGCUCAUAUUUAACCCAGCUAACAAGAGCGGACGACUCCGAAACCGCUGCGCUCAGCUGAAACCAGAGUAUUCCCAGCUUGAUUGCAGCUGUGUGUUCAGACUGCCGCAGACUGGGAUGGAAGAUUAACGCCGUAACGCUGAGGAUGAAACUCAUGAAACCUUUUCCCACUUGUUAUCUGUGUUUACAUGUAAGCCGUCACUGAAAUCUGACUGCCGUGUGCCGUUUUUACAAAUAAAGAUGAAGUAACAGUAACGCUGCUGUCAUGAAACGCGCAGCUGGUAACGGUUUUCUUUCUUUCAUGCCUGUUUUGCUUUUAAGUUUCGAUCUGGAGGACAGUUCCAUAUCUUAAAGCAGCAGUGUGGAACUGGCCAUUAAUUACUUUCAAAUUAAUUACUUUCAAAGCUAACGUUAGCUGCUGUUGCUUUGCCUCAGCAACAGCACUCGAGAACAUGCUGUCAGAAUGAGGUUUGUAUCAACGACCAAGGAAGACCAUUCACAUUAAUCCGAACCAGUGUGUUUAUAAGGUUCAGCUACUUAAAUGAAUAGUUCAACACUUAAGAAAGUACACUUACCUGAGAUGAAAAGAUCAGUACCAAUCUAAUGUCUGUGUGCCAGGUGUGGCGUUCUAGGAUGUGAUUAGCUUAGCAUUAAAAACAGGGGCCAAGCAGCUCGCCUUAUAGGAGAAAAUAACGCAUAAUCAUGGUAAUAAUAAUAGUAAUACAAGUGCAAAUUUGUAGCGUAGCAUUUUUUACUUUCCAUUCAUUCAUUCAUUUGCGUUUGCCCUUUUGAGAGUCUGUGCUGGCCACCGCUCUGUCUGUCAGCCUCUCGACGGGGACCGACGCAGGGCAACCUCCAUGACUGACAGAAAAAUCAAGAAAAACUCCUUUCCUUUCAAGCUUUUUGUGAGAAAAAUGAAUCACAAAAGAAAGAUCACCGCCAUUCUGCCCUUUCAAGGUAAUCCCUGAAGACUUCUCUCCGUUUUGUGUCCUGGUUUGUUUACCUCUGGCCUCUGUUUGCCUCCACAAUUUGCUUAAAAAAUUCUCUUGACAUUUUAUGGAAACAUGGCUAGUGAGGAGGACGAGGAGCCACUGAGCAGCAGACUACACAUUGUACAGAGCCAGAAACGGGAGAUCGCUGAAAGGGGAAAAAAGCUUGAAAACUGGGAGAUAUACGGAGAGAAUUGUGACCCUGGGUCUCUCUGGAAAAACAUGAUCGAAAGCUCCAGAACUGCUUAAUGGACCCGCUGGUGAGGCUGUUGUCUACACGAUUCAGAACAAAAAACAAAAUGUUUUUCACCUCCAAGUCUUUUAACUUCAGGCGGCUGCCAGUAACCACACUGCUGCCCCAACACACACACACACACACACACACACACACACACACAUACACUAAUCCACUCCUUCUUUGCCUUCAUCUUGCAGUUGAUUUACACAGUGAAAUCACGGCUGCAGCCGUUAAAUCCUCCCAGAGAAGAAAACGGCGUCACUUCCAGCUGAAUGGAGGAUUAAAGGCUGACAGGCCUGGGAACGGCUCCGCAGGCCGUAAAUCCGCCCCGGUCAGCCGACACGGUUCUCACGCCGGGACGCCGCUUUGAAGUGACCGGCGGUAAAUUUAGUGACAUGAGCCGGUCAGCACUUUACAUACAGUCACACAGAGAGGCAGACAAAACAGACGGAAAGCGCAUGAAGGGACACCAGAGGGAAGAGGCUCUGACUGGCUGCUUCGGUGCCAGGAGAGGUUAACGCGUGGUUCCUUUAGGAGUUUGUCUUUUCACGAUUUACAGUUACACACAGGUUAUGUUAUUUCUCUCCGUUUUAAAGGACGCUCUAACUGUACAAUUGUUAGAGUAACGUUUCCACCAUUUUGAGCUGCACCUCACAUCAGCCAUGUUUCCAUAAAAUGUCUGAGGAAAUUUUAGCGCACUUUCGAAAGUUCGCAAAAAAUACACAGAAUAAAAAAUCUAAAUCUGGUGCAUUUACACAGACUGUUUGCAGCCAUUGAUCUAAGCCAUGUAAAGCAUCAUUUGAGCUCUAAAAUCCUCCUUCAUCUUCAUCCGUCAGAAGAUGAUGCGUUGUGAGCUACAUGGCUGCGUCACGCGUGGAUGUGGAAGUGAACAGAGGCUGGAGGGAAACAAACCAGGAGACAUAACGGAGAGAGGUUUUCAGGAAUUAUUUUGAAUAGGGCAAUUUGCAUUUAAUAACCAACAUUAAUGUUAGCUGUUAAAAGACAUCACAUUCAGUCUCAGCUUUAUGUGUAGUGCCAAUCAUCAGAUGUUGGUUGCCAAGAUGGUGACUAUGGUAAACGAUCCACCUGGUGAGCAGCAUGAGCAGUAUCACCGUGAUGACGUUAGCACGCUGACGAGAAGGAUGAUGUCAUAUUCAUGUUGGAGCAGGGUCUGUAAUAUUUAAACAUUUCAACUUUUAAUGAAACCGUCCCACUUUUCAACAGGAUCUCAA